AUGUCGAUGUCUGAUGCUGGAUCCGGUUCCGUACGGUCAUCGAGGGCAAGGCCUUUACCCUGCCUUGCUGGACCUUCCGGCUUAGAACCUUUACACUCGAAGGUUGCAAAUUCCGCCGCCAGAAAUCCCUUUUCGUAUGGUUUCGUGAUAAGCGUCCAUGAAUCCGAGUAUGCAUUCCUUCACUUCCUCUUUGGUCUUUUCCAUCUGGCAGCGAACGACAUUUCGAAUCAGCUCGGCGUUUGCGCAGAAGCCCAGACACUCCCUGGAAAGCAUCAUCAUAUCGAGACAACGUCUACGGAACUCGCACAUGGCUCGCCUGAACCCUCCAUCACCUCGAAGCUUGCCACGCUGACCGAGCCGGAGUUGGUGCGCUACAAAAUAGAGUACGCCGGCCGGGAGUCUGGUUCCGUGUUCGUUGACGGCAGACGCGCGCCGCUUGAUACGUCGAAGGAGCACCCGGUUUUCGAGUACGUCGACGUCCGGCUGCCCAGCAAGGACACGGUAGACACGAGAACAAAACAAGAAGACAUCUCCAAGACCGACAAUGGCAAAGGACAUGCAUACAUCAACAUCCUCUCACCUUCCGUCGCCGAGGCUUUGCGUUGUGUCGUCGACUAUUUCCCAGAUCUUGACUUUUCCGAGAACAUUAUCAAGAUCCCCGAACCUUACUCGGUAUUCGUAUUUUUCGAAAAGGAGCUGACGGAAUACCGGGAACGGGUGGCAAAGCUUGCCCAAGUCGAGUCAUCCACCUGCCCUAAUCGAUGGGCAGCCAAACACAUCGCCAUCGUCCAGGACUUUACUACAAGCCACGGGCGGACGUCUACUACGACCUUCACGAUUACGGCGAGCACGAGCCCUAUGUUGUCUCGACCGUACAAUUCAAACUUGUCAAGGGCGCCACAGACUCCUACGAACUCUGCUUGUGGAAUAUCGAUGCCGACUCUACCUGGGUUGGUCCCCUGGAAGUUGAGAUGGAGAUACAGCCGUUUUGCCGGAGAGAAGCGGACCCCGGAGCUUAGAGCAUUCCCGUGCGAGUACUUGCGGUUUGCUGAUGACAUCGAUGAGGAAGAGGUCGCAGCCGUCAAACAGUACUUCGUAAAUCGAGGAAAGAAGUGGUACAACCUGCGACGGGGGGUCCGGUGCAGUCACUUUGACGGCUUCACAAUCAUUUUCCCAAGGCGCGAUUUCACUAUAGCGCAAGGCGCGGAGCGGAGGGUACUCAGUCCAGGCCUGAAGCAACCCUCAGGUCCACUGCGGAUCUGCACUUGCGCAGACUGCGGAGACAAUCUACCGGCACGCAGUGGUGCCCAAGUUCUCGGAUUAUACCAAGACAUUGGGGUCAAGCCCGAGACUAUUGAAGCCAACCUGCUCAUGUGGUUCAAGGCCGCAGAGAACUGGGGCGCCAUCAUGCUCAUCGAUGAAGCCGACAUCUAUAUGGAGCAGAGACAGAUCCACUACCCCGAGUUUGAGGAUGAAGACCGGGAUCGCCUUUGGGAUACCUUCUUUCACAAGCUCGAGGAGGACAGAGAGGCGACGAUGCGGAUUACGCAGACAGCCAAGGAUUACGUGCAGUCGCAGGAGCUACGGGCCUUAAGGUGGAACGGUAGAGAAAUCAGAAACGCGUUCCAGGUUGCUGUGGCCCUGGCCGAGGCCAAGAACCAGAAGGACAAGGAGGGUCGCGUGGUGAUUCAGUCGGACCAUAUCAAGGCAUCGGUGCAUAUGUCGAGAGAAUUUGGGGGGUACCUUGCGAAGGUUCACAAGGGAGACCUCAGCAAGAGGGCGUCGCUGCUGGGCAACAGGUACGAUGCUUUUGGCAAGGAGGCAUCCGGUACGACCAAGUAUUAG